AUGAUAGUCAGACAGUUCUGCGCCCGGCACGGGCGCACAGUACUCGCCCGGUCAUCGCGGCGUCUCGAUCGCGGCUACGUAUCGAGCAGAAAUGUCGACAACCCCAUGCUCCGGCAAUCAGAACGAGAUCCUAAACCCAAACCCGGCAUCCCAGGACAUCCAGACGAGCCAUCCAGCAUCCUCGACACUCUUCCUCACCCGCCGACCGCUGCAACAAGGUCCAUAGCCAAGGAGUUGGAAGCACAGGAGAAUUCCAUCCAUGCCCUCCGAGCAGACGUCCAAGCCCACACAACGGCUCGAAUAAUGUCGCUGGACGAGUUCGAGUUCGACGCAAAAAACCCCUCGAAGGCACCGACACCAACCACAUCUCAAGCUGCUUCUUCUCCGUCAUCAACACCAUCGACUUCACCACCGGCGCCAGCCGAUCCGCUUCCAUUCGAUAACCUGAAAGAACUGAACCGCUACCGGAGACAUGUGCAGCAGGAGCGACGGCGAGGCACCCACCUCUCCCAGACAUACGACCCUACCACCCUUCUACACAAGCCGCCGAAAGCAUCUGAGUUAACUCUGCCGAUGUUGCUGGCCAAUCAAACCCACCUGGGCCACGCAACCUCGCUAUGGAACCCGUUGAACAGCAGCUACAUCUUCGGCGUACGAGACGGGAUCCACAUCAUUUCGCUCGAAGUUACACACGCGUACCUCAAGCGCGCGGCGAAGGUGGUGCAAGAAGUGGCGCGACGCGGCGGGAUCAUCUUGUUCGUUGCAACCCGCAAAGGCCAGGAGGAGAUCGUAGUCAACACGGCAAAGCUGGCGGGCGGCUAUCAUAUCUUCCACCGCUGGGUGCCUGGAUCCUUGACCAACGGACAACAGAUUCUAGGCGGCUGCGGCGUGAAAGUGGUCGACAUCCACGACCGAGAGAUCAAGCAGUACCGCAACGCCUUUACAGCGGGCAACCACACCGUGAUGCGGCCCGACCUGGUGGUCUGUCUGAACCCGCUGGAGAACCAGGUGUGUCUGCACGAAUGUGGCAUAUUCAACGUGCCGACAAUCGGAAUCAUCGAUACAGAUGCCAACCCGGCCUGGGUCACGUAUCCGAUCCCAGCAAACGACGACUCGCUGCGCUCCGCGGCCCUCAUUGGCGGAGUGCUUGGUCAGGCGGGCAAGGAGGGCCAGAGACUGCGCCAGCUGGAAGCCAUGCGCGGCAGCGCCACGUACCCGACCCACCAUGUUCAUGAGACGUUGCAGGCCAUCGAGACGAUUGCAGCCUUGGAUGUGCAGGAGCCGGGCAAAGCCAGUGAACGGGACUGA